AUGACUCACCUCUAUCCUUCAUCUGGCGUGCUAGUGGACGUGAAUUCUUCCUUCCAUCGAGGCCUUUUGCGCAAUAAUAUUCUCGAAUGCAAGCAGUGGGGCAGAAAAGACCAAAUUUCGGACUGCUAUGGCAUUUAUCAACCGACUGGUGGCCAACAAGAAGGUGAUGUGAAGAGAGGUGGCGUUCUCUUUGGUUUCGAUGAUGAAAAUCCAAUUACAAAACUGCUUCAGAUUGACCUUCUCAAUAGCUGUUAUGCCCAUCAACUGGUUAAAAUAUCCAAAGUGUGCAUUUCUUUGGGUCAAGGGGUACUACUUUCACCUAUAUCAGUCACAUUAGCCCAACGAAACCUGCUCUUUUCGGAAUCUUGGCCUCAACAUCUAUCAAAUGAUCUCGUGACUACGGAGAGUUAUCUAAAAUCCCAUUCACAAAUUCAGCUAAACUUGAGUUCCUUUGCUGUAAGAAGUCUCUUCAUCCACGGGUUCUAUAUAGUCUCUCAUGGAUGCGCACUUGCCACAGCUCUUUCGCAUUAUCUCCAUAGUCAGGCAUGGCCAGAGCUAAAUGAAUACAGUGGCCAAAUAAGCGAAGCUGGACUUGGUAAAUUUUUCAAACGGACAAUUGAAGGUGAAAUGUCCUAUUGUCUCACCUUUAAUGCGAAAGGUUUCAUGUGCCUACAUGCUCAGUCGAGUAAAAUCCAGAAACUUGUCAAUUCAUCAUUUGAGACGUCUCAAUUAACAGGAAGUUUAAUGGAUGAGGGAAAGGAUAAAGUCAUUCCUAUUCUUCAAUGUUUAUCAACUGGACCGUUGGCUGUAUUUUCAUAUCAGUUGAGGAGAAAAAUUGUCCCUGGUUUAGACAGUCUGCACCCUGCGUCGGUAACUUUGAAAGUGGCACCGAUGAAAAUUCUCAUUACCCCUUCUCUUAUUGAGUGGUUCUCUGGUGUCAUCGGCGUGUUAAAGAAGUCUUGGGAAGCAUUUGAAAUCGAUCAAACUGGAGAAUUCCCUUUGGAUGCUCAAUUCUGUUCGAAAUCACAAAGUUCUAUCGCAUUUCACCAAAUGGAUCUCCAUACACACAGUCCUAGUGAAAUCAAAUCUCAUCUCGAAACCGUUUCAACUCGCAGCAGACCUCAUACGUCAGGCGGGUCCACCUUUGUCUUGGUUUCCAACAUUACAAGGGUUCAGAACUGCAGCGAUUUGCUGUCCGCGCCUUUUUCUGAAUGGAUCAUUGCAAACUACAAGUGGUUCACCACUUGCAAGUUAGAUGUGUCAAUCUUGACUUCAACUCUCUAUAUUGUUCCAACAACGGAUCGCUUUUCUACCUGUGACUUUGAUGCAUGGCUUGCGUCACUCAACGCAACGAGCCGUGGUAAAGUCGUUCAGUUGACGUUCCCCCGAAUCGAGAUUAGAGGACCACGUUCCCACUCCUCCCCACUCCCUCAAUCCCAAAAUGUGCCUCCCUCGGCACCUAUUACUGCGACAGAAGGGACAGAUGGUAUUCGAUUAUAUAGUUUUGAGUUAGAGGAGAAACAGGCAUUAGGAACUCAGCGUCGACUCCGCCGUCUCCAAAGUGUUCCUGAAAUGAUGGCAAUCGAUCGGGAUUCGAACCGUCCCAUGUGGGAGUGCACCGCCACCGGGCUAAUAAUUUCGGUUGGAGAGGCAACGCGCCUCCUCCAACUGGAUGACUUGGCCUGCAGUCUUUCGUUCACAAUCGCAACAUCUCCACUGGACAAUGCACUCUCCAGAAUCUCUUGGAAUUUGCUCUUCAACUUAGCUCACAACACAGAAGAUACUUCUGGUAACUCGCCCAGUUUAAGGGAUGUCUCUCAUCUUAUGGCAACCAUUUCUGGCAUUCAAAUGCAGAUAUCGAAUCUUAUAAGUGAGAUUUUUACUACAAAAGACCUCAUGGCGUCUUGCAUCCGCAAAUCAAAGGAAAUCGAUGGUCUAUCAAAUCCUUCAACACCGGUUGAGAUAUCACCGUGCGGUAUGGAACUCUUUGGCUCUACGAAGAAGUCCUCGUCAAUAAUCUCUCGUCUGACUUACUCCUCCUCACACUCUCUAGCUGAAUCGCGAAAAGUCCUUGUGCAUUUUACCCCUCCCAACGCACCAUCUAUCACAACCCCACGAAUUCCCAUUAAGGGUGUUAUUCAAGUGAUAUUUCCCUUCACCACUGGGGAGUUGUGCUUAAGUGAUAAGCAGUCGAAGAUCCGGUGGGAAGCAGAUGGCUUCUGCACAACAGUCUCCAUUUCUGAUUCGCCAUUCUACAUCAAUUUUCGAUUGCAACUUGAACGCAAUGUUGCUCUUUGCCCAGGAACGGCGUAUUAUGAAGAAUCGAAGGCUGGCCAAAGGCUUCCCAAACCCCAGGAACCCCAAGGUGUCGAUAGUGAUAGCGAAGUCGACGUGACACUCUCUCGUCACUUCCGACCCACGGCUAUGCUCACCAUCUCUCUCACUCGAUCCUUUGCUGUCCUCGUUCGUCAUGUCUUCGCUGGCAAGCGCUUCUCCUAUUGGCUGGACAGGCAGAGCGAACUUUUUCUCCUAGGCGAAAAUCGGAUGGAGGUUGACGAUGCUGGUCCUCCCUUCGUCAAUUGCGUCUAUAUCAGAUUGAAACCCUUGGAUGUGGUCCUCUGUCCACAGCUUGCGUCGUACCUAAAAGGUGCUCUGAGGGAAUUCCAGAACUCUGAGGAAAUCGUUCCAACGAGUGGUAGAUCAUUUGGUGUCGGGGCACCGCUUCCAGGGCAUUGUAUGCCAUUGCUAUUUGUGGCACUUGACGAGUUGCGUCUCUUCAUUCCCUCCCCAGGGCUCCUUGCCCCGUCGUAUGGAGUAAUUGGUCCUUGUGAUGCCUUGGCUAUUACUCUGCGUGCUAUGCGAAUUCAUCCUUUUCCGAAAAACUGCAUCACCUCCAGACCGGAAGCCGCGUCAGCCCAUGCAAGAGUCAUUACCCUGACGCGCAAAAUCGGUUCUUCUUACGAGGAUAGGCAAUCUGCUUUGCGUCUUGAAGGACUAGCUUGUUGGGCAGUCAAUCUUUUGGAAGCCAUAAAUUUCUCAAAAAGUGCUCGUAGGUUCGACUGCCAACCCACCUUGGCUGGCCAGUAUCCCGCCUUUGAGUGGAAUCAGGCCGCAACUCGCCUCAGUGGCAUCAAAGACGCUGUCUGGGUGCUGCCUGUUUUACGUCCUCUCGACAUAAUGGCUGUUUUUGCCGCUCCUAUUUGUGAAACCAAUCUCGUUUGUGGUCAGGCAAGAAUGCUCUAUGGAUCAAUUUUGGAAGCAAAUAUAAGCAAUGAUAUCAUUGUGACCCUCAGUGGAUCCUUUUUAUUGACAUACUUAUCGAAUUUAAUGGGUGUAAUUGAGCGACCAAGAGGGCAGAUGGACGAGACGGCGGAGGUGAGUCAACUGGCCUGGCCGUCUCAGCCCUCUCGAUUUCUACUCACCUGCGGAUUAAUGCGUUUUGUUCUGUGGGAGAGAAGAAAACCUAUCGAGCGUCACUGGGACUUCUCCGUGAUAGAAUUGAUUCAGCCACACCUCCGGUGGUCACCCGAGUCAUUGAACGCGGGACUCAAUGACUUACAGGUCCAUUUGAGAUCAUUUUCCGAAGGCUCUGAGUCAGAUUGGCACGGCAACGUGUUUUGGACCCCCACUACACCGCCGGAAAAACGUUUUCAUGCCACCGUUCGUAUUCAACGAGAAACGACUCUUGUUCUCACGCCAAAUAUGCUUAUGUGCCUUUCAAACCUAACAAAAUCUUUCUAUUCUCCUAAUUCCCCAACCAAGCGUGUCAAACAUGCGGGUGAUCUCAAGGCGCCCAUUGCAACUUUUAUCACAAUCUUUGAUCAGCUACAUUUUGAUACUCGCUCAAUAUCUAUUCAUUUAAUUGCUGCAGAAGAUAAAAUUCGAUUCGCUACAGAGGGGAUUCAUAUUGAUGGUGUCGCUAAUCGGAGAAAGGACUGGAGGAGUUUUUAUACCGAUCUAAAGGCGAUGUGUAUCGAAACUCACUUGAAUGAAUUUCAACUUAUCCCCACUGCCACGGAAAUUUCCCUCAGGAUGUGCACAGAGGUCUCUCUAGUGAGCAUUCCUACAACCGUUGCACAUAUAGAGAUCUCUAAGGGUACGAAAAUAGUAAUUCCUUCUGGAAAUGAGUUCAGAAGACUUGCCCAAGCCUUUAUUGUAGCAACGCAUCAAGAAAAUAACGGUAUUUUGAACGCGAAGAAGCCUGUUGCACAACAUCUGCCAAGUCGAUGCGUCUUUAAAGACGACAUCCGGAGAAAGUCGGCCUACGAUUUUUCGAUUUUCAUUCCCACGGAACCCGUAGGUCUUGGCAAUAUCUCCCGAUGGCUCCCUCUUCCCUACGAGAUCGUCUUUGCCGAUUGUGAUCAAUUCGCUCCGGAGGUUGGGACAGAAUCUAGAUGUGUGACGAUGACGUGGACCUUCCCUGAGUUGCGCCAACCCAUCCGGCUUACUGUGAAUCCCGUGCCCCUCGUUUAUGAUAAUGAUAGCAUCGAUCUCGGCAACAUUAUGUUGCCAGCUCGCCUACAAUACUGGAGCGAUCGUGUAGGUGAAUAUGGUAGUUUUGUGACCUACGCCACUUUCAACCUUCUUGAAGACGCCUCUGUCGACGUCCUUCUCCCACCCCUUUUGGCUGAAUUUCCACUUUGCUUGGAGACUCUGGAGCAAUCUCAGAGGCAACGGUUGAUUCUCAGAUCCUCUUUAGGUGAAGAGAACGUUUUCUGGGGUCCCAAGGUUGCCCUUAAUCCCACAGCACCCUUACCGGUUGCGGCAGCCUCUUGGAGGAUUAUCAUGCAGGAACCCAGCCUCGAAACAGGGAGGUUGACGGUCUUUAAACUGCAUGGUAUGCUAGCAACCUCCUUUACAAAUCCGCACAACCAGGCCCCAGCAAUUACCUCCACUGUUGAUCAACCAGUUACAUACGCCGACUCCACACUACUGGCAAGUUUUUCAGUGAGAUCCGUGGCCGCCCACGUCUUCAGUCCGCACGGAGCGCAUAUGCAGCUCCUGGGCGAGGCGGAGCACAUUCUCGGUGUGAGUGGAACGUGCAUCUCCGUCGGGACAUGUCACCUGUGUUGCAACAGUGACCUCGUGCAUGCCCUGAGCCAAAUCACAACAGGCGAGGGCAAAACGGGCUGGGAGAUUGGCAAUCGGACGGACAGGCGACUUCUUGUGGAGCAAUGCUUCACCAGUGCUUCUCCCACCGACGAACCGGCGGAAAGCGCACUGUCCGAUAUCACUAAUGUCAUUGUGGAGGCCGGAGGGUGUUUUGCAUCAUGGCGGCCGAUCGUAUUGGCCAAGACCCGGACAAUCACACUCAGGAUUGCUUUAUCCACGGACCCUAAGUCAAUGGUCCGGAGUGCUCCAUUGUCUAUCACCUGGCCUCCUGAGCACACCAACAGCACUUUCGCACAGCCGAUCCAGUGGGAUGACCUUGAGCCUCAGGAUGAUUCCUUCCCUGUUGCGAUUCUUCUUAUUCCUCCCCGGCCCUCAUCCGGACUCCCUGGUGAGAUAAUCAUUCAGCCGGCUCUCACUGUGGAAAACAAAUUUCCUUUUGACCUUUCUCUCCGCCUUUCCAAUGGAUUCACCAGGUGCAUUGCGUCAUCUUCUUCUUAUGGCCUUUGUGUUUCACCAGCAGGGCCAACGUCUGACCUCGCCUUAUCCGCUUCGGAUACUGACGCGUUCGUAAAGUUAACGGGUGAAGAUUUGACCGCUCAGGGCGAGAGGAUUUUAUGGCUUCCUGUCGCAGAGACUGUUUGUCCGGUGCUACUCAAAGUGAAUCACUUGCAUUACAAUAUGCUGUCGGAUCCAGCAAGAUUGAUCACAAUAUCACCAGUGCUCAACAUCACGAGUGCAUUGCCAAUGCCGCUGACUCUGGUUUUGGAGGACUCCUGUAAAUCGCCUGCCUCUUUUCUCAAUUCUUCUGGCCGAGGGUUCUCUAGACACUUCUAUAUUCCUAAGGCAUCCACAACUUCUAUUGCAGUAACUUUUCAGCCGGGCAGUACGCCUUCAUUCAAUUUUCACUAUCCUGACAAGGCCCCAGUUUUUGAGUCGUCGCUUUUGCUACCCUGGAAGACGCUCUCUGGCCGCCUUGACGUUGUCGUGCAGCCCUGGCUUCUCCUAAGCAAUUGCAGUGGCAUCAGCUUACAGCUCUGUACCGCAAGCAGUUUGAAGGAUAUUAACCUUCCAGACGAGUCUGCCAUCAAGUUUGAUACCGAUUCCUGCCAUAUACCCGCUGCUGGCGAGCGCUUAUUGCGGCUUGGAAUCAACUUCAAAGGAAGUACGGUGUGGUCACCUGCACUCCUAGUUCACAGCUCAGUGUUUUCAUCAUCCACCACCGCCACCGUGGAUCCUAAUUCUAUCACCUCGAGUGAGAUAGUCAUACUGACGGUGAGUGGCAUGUCACGGGUGCAUCAGCAGGACAGCGGUGGCAGGGCGGCGGCGGCGACAGCAGUGGUGAACCUCACGCGCUCCCGCACGCUGGCACCGCUCGCUCUGCGCCUCGGCUGCGUGGUGUGCUGCCUUGCUGCGCGCCUCCACUUUGCGCCCCCUCGAGGCGUCGUCACCCUGAGCAUUGAACCGCUUCUGCACAUCGAUAAUCGCACGGGGCAGUCCCUUCUCUGCAAACCCAUUGUCGUACCUACCCUUGGCGUCCAUCUACCUCUUCCUAUGGCUUCCUUAGAUGAGCUUGGAGCCGAAGUUUUAACUCUACCAAAGUCUGGCGGCACUUUGACUCCGGUUCUUUUUUGGAACCACUCCCACCCCGAGAUUGUGUUCGGGGACGUCGAUUCACACGGUGUGUCUCUCGCACACCUCCUUGUUCUUCGGAGUCAUUUGGGUAUAUUUUGGAGUCGUUCUCUUCAGUUAGCUGGAGUCCAUUCAUUCGAUGGCGUUCGCUCCUGUCCAGUCACCGGAUCGUAUCAUCGAUAUUACCACAUUUCGCUACCCAGUUUCAAUGAAAAUGGGGACCCGGACGAGUGCUCACUUCUUCUGAGCCUUUCUAAUGACCCGCAGACAGGACUAUGGACUCUUUGCUUGGCUAACUUAGCUCCCUCUCUCUCCUGCUCACUGGGCUGCAGUUUGACCAAUGCGACUGAUUUUCCAUUUGAAGUAUCAUUCCAAGGUCUUUCCAACUUCCACCAGCUUCCGCUUUCCAAUGCCCUGCCCUGUGUUCAUCCAAGCGGGGGAAAGUUGGUGCUCAUUCCUCAGGUAUUUCUCGAUCAACUGGCCGAAGUGUGGAUCUCUGGUGAAACUUCGAAAUCAUCAGUUACGUCAACAUUUCUUUGUCAUGAGGACGCGCGUCUCUUUUUGCGCCUGCAUUCAGACGUUGAGGUCAUCAAAUUGACUGAUUGUAGAGAUAAUCCCGUUCUGUUACGAUUUAGAGAAAAAACAAUCUCGAUUCAACAGGUCACUAAUGAGGCCUUUCCGUUUUGCACUGACUUGGCAAUUUUUUCCGAUCAAAAACCAGUGUUUUCUCAUUGGUCACAUGUUGAUCAACCCUUAUCUCUAUCUGUCUACAUUGAUACAACAUUGAUUUCUGCACCGGUGCGCGGCUUACUACUAACACCGGGCGAUUCAGGUUUGAAGGAUUUCCUUCGUAUUUGCAUUCGACGCAUCGAAGCCACGUAUUCAAAGGAGAAUGCAUCCCUAUUUGAGUUCAGGAUCACUUCCUCUUUGAUCCAAAUCGAUAAUCUCGCUCAAACUUCUCUAUCUACCUUCGAUUUCCCUGUUCUCAUGCGAUCUGUACUUCCUCAUGCCAUGGAGGAAAAUAGCACCGGUGUUUUCUCGUGCACCUGCCAAAUCCGUUACCUCUCUUCCACAGACUUCUUUCUGGACAGAUUCAAUUUGCGUUUGCCGUCAAUGGAGGCUUAUCUCGAAGAUAGUGUGCUCUACGCUCUCGUCUCAUGGGUUCAGGAUCUGCGACGUGCCCGACCUGCUUUGAUUGGAGAUGUCGAAAAUGCAGUGAAAUCGCCGACUCCCACCAUACUCUGUCUUCGCGAGUUCGAAAUCCACUCUGUUGCGCUGCAACUUGCGCUGAAGGCCAAGGUUGGGAUGCACAUUUCGUGCAAGACCACACAGUUCCGACUGAACAGCUUUGAGUGUUCGGAGGUGGCGUUGGAUGUGAAGACAUUGGUCUCACAGCUGAGUACACACUACAUCUCGCAGUUGUUGAUUCGGGCAGGUCUGGUCUUGGGCAGUAUAGAGCUCAUCGGCAAUCCCGCCCGUCUGGUGGCUUCCUUCGCUGAGGGCGUCUGGCAUCUGGUUCACUUCGCCGACAGUGAAAAGAUGGCCACUCGGGAACAACUGAGUCUGCUGAGGGGUCUUGCUCGUGGUCUUUUGUCUCUAGUGAAGCACACUGCCGGCGGGGUGUGCAGUUCACUGACCGGCCUGGCAUCCAGUGUCGCGCGGAAUCUGCACGAACUCUCACUGGACACAGAGCAUAUCCAGCGUACUACGGAGAUUCGCCAGCGCCACCAACCUGCGGGGCUGGGCGAAGGCCUAGUGCUGGGUAUCAGCGAGUUGGGUAUCAGUCUGCUGGGUGGCCUAGCAGGCGUUGCGCACCAUCCUCUCUUUGCCCUCCUUCAGUCCCAGCCGCCCUCUCCACCACCGCUAUCGGCUUCAUCGCCGCACAGCCUGGCUCAAAUGGCCAAGGGGUUCGCUGGCGGAGUGGGACGAGGCCUUGUCGGUCUUUUGGCCAAACCUCUCGCUGGAGUUGCCGACUUCGUCGCCUUCACCGGUGCCGGAUUCAUGCACGGAAUGGGCGCUGGAUGGGGCGUCACCCCAUCACCCAAUCAUAUCUUAACAAUAUUGCCUGGGGUUCCGCAUCUUGUUGAUGGAGCUCUCCUGCAUAAGUGGUCCUGCGCCCUCAUGCGACGUCUAAAUAUCCCGCAUCCUCACAAAUAUCUCUGGACAGGUGUUGGUAUGGAUGCGACUGGAACAGUUCUCACCUGGCUCUGUCUUCCUUACCACGGGUCAUUAUUUACUGUCGAAUUCAAGGCGCCCGCGCAGACUAUACGAGCAGGUGUCCUAGCGGUGGAUUUUGUUGAUACAAGCGAAGAUGUUCUGGUUGAUAGGUGCCAGCUCUCGGCCGGAGAAAUGGCCGUCUUAAUGCGAGUGCUUCGACCUACCAAGAAUACAAUGACUGCCGUUGGGGGUGGCGAAGUUGUUGGCUACUUAGAAGCUAAUCCUCAUUUGGAGCGUGUCAAAGCCUAUCUCUCAAGUCUACCUCAAUCGAAAGGAGGUCAAGGCUGUGAUCAAUAG